UUCCGGCGAGGCUCCCGCGCACGGUUUGCGCUCUAGGAAUGGACCGAAACCCUUCGCCGCCGCUUCUGAGUCCGGACGAGCAGGAGGAGGAGAAGGGGGCCGAGGGGGAUUGCAUAGGGAGCACAGUCUACAGCAAGCACUGGCUCUUCGGCGUUCUCAGCGGACUCAUCCAGCUUGUUAGCCCCCAAAACACCAAAUCCGGCUCAGAUGAUGAGGAGCAACAGAUGGAGCUUGAUGAAGAAAUGGAGAAUGAAAUUUGCAGAGUAUGGGAUAUGUCAAUGGAUGAGGAUGUGGCUUUAUUUCUCCAAGAAUUUAAUGCUCCUGACAUAUUUAUGGGAGUAUUGGCCAAAUCCAGGUGUCCACGCUUGAGAGAAAUCUGUGUGGGAAUUUUAGGCAAUAUGGCCUGUUUCCAGGAGAUAUGUGUGUCUAUCAGCAGUGAUAAAAAUCUUGGACAGGUACUAUUGCACUGCUUAUAUGAGUCAGACCCUCCUACUCUGCUGGAAACAAGCAGGUUGUUGCUUACUUGCCUUUCCCAGACAGAAGUGGCCAGUGUCUGGGUUGAAAGGAUUAGAGAACAUCCGCUUAUCUAUGAUAGCAUUUGCUUCAUCAUAUCAAGUUCGACAAAUGUUGACUUGCUGGUGAAGGUGGGAGAGGUUGUAGACAAGCUCUUUGAUUUGGAUGAGACGCUCAUGUUGGAAUGGAUUAGAAAUGGGGCUGCUCAGCCUGUGGACCAGCCCCAAGAAGAUUCUGAAGAGCGACCAGUGUUUAAGAUUGUUCCCUGUGUACUUGAAGCUGCCAAGCAAGUACGUUCAGAAAAUCCAGAAGGGCUGGAUGUUUACAUGCACAUCUUACAGCUACUUACCACAGUGGAUGAUGGAAUUCAAGCAAUUGUACAGUGUCCUGAUGCUGGAAAAGACACUUGGAAUUUGCUUUUUGACCUGGUUUGCCAUGAAUUCUGCCAGUCUAAUGAUCCACCCAUCAUACUUCAAGAACAGAAAACAGUGCUAGCCUCUGUUUUUUCAGUGUUAUCUGCCAUCUUUGUUUCACAAACUGAACAGGAAUAUCUAAAGGUAGAAAAAGAUCUUCCUCUAAUUGACAGCCUAGUUCGUGUCUUAAAAAAUAUGGAACAUUGUCAGAAGAAACCAGAGAACUCGGUAGAGUCUAAUAUGGAAGAAACUAAAACGUCUGACUUAACUGAAGAUGAUUUCCACUUGAAAAUCUUAAAAGAUAUUUCAUGUGAAUUCCUUUCUAAUAUUUUUCAGGCACUAACAAAGGAAACCAUGUCUCUGGGACUAAAGGAGGGCCAUUUAAGCAAACAAAAGUGUAUAUGUGCAUUUCGAAACCUUCUGCCUCUGUAUAACCCUGUGGUGGAAGAUUUUCUUAAAAUCCUACAUGAAGUUGAUAAGAGCCUUGCUGAUGACCUGGAGAAAAGCUUCCCAAGUCUGAAAGCUCGGACUUAAAAACUGAAUUGGGAUUUCCUCUGCCUAAGAAAUAAACUUUAUUUUCUACACCAAUGGUUGAAAUUGACAUAGAGGAAAUAUUAGAUAAAGCCUAUAUUAGACAAUCACUGUCUGAUACUGCAUUCAUGCCCUUCAUCUUCCCCCAGCCUUAUCUCACUUAUUUGGCAUUGGAAUUUCAGAUCUCUGUCACUUUUCCAUAGAAACAUAAACCACCACCACCUCCUCUUUUUUGUGCUGGUUGUGUGUUAUUUAUCAUCCUCAGGUGAAGAAAACAAAAGUACAAGUUUGUCGUUGAGGUUCUUGUUGGGAUAUUUGAGGGGUUGAUGAGGAUUUCUUCCCAACUCUUAAUUCUGAUUUUUAUGUGAGAAUGUUUUGUGUUUUUAUCUGUUACAAAUACAGGCAGCUGCACUAACAGAAAACCCUGCAGCUCAGAGCUUCCAUGUCUCUUAAGCAAUGAGCAGUCCAGGGAUGGGCAGUCCAGGCCUCCUAAGGUGGCUCCUUUCACCUCUCCAUGUCAUCUGUGUGUAGACCUCUGUGUUCCUGCAUAUUGUCUUGUGGUGAAGGGGACUAUACCCUUUCUGGACCUUUCAUGCACAUUCAGGGAGGAAAAAGGAGAAAGUGGCAUAGGGGCUUUCUCCGAGCAAGGCUUUGCCUUUUUGUUUGGGAAGGAUAGCCCUCCUGGCCAGAUCCAUGUUGUGUGGCUAUCCCUCAUUGCAAGUAUUUGAAAUCAAGUACUUUUUUCUGUCUAGUCUCUAUAGAAAAGAAGAGAAAGAGAGAAGGAUGGUAUGAAUGGCUUUUGGUGUUUGCCAUAAUAUGGGAACAUAUCUUAGCCAUUUUGGAUUGUUGUGUUGAUUCCACACCAGAUUGUUAGUAAUAGCUCAGAAGCAUUGUUUUCUGUUAGUUUAGCUUUGUUAUGUUUUAAUUUUUUUUCAAUAUUGUACAUAUGAAGAUAGAAAAUGCUAGCAUUUUGAUAAAAGUGUAUUAACAAAGUUUUCUAUUUUUAGCAUAAUUCUAGUGGUUGAAUUUCAGAAAAUUAUUUGCUGUAGUGAAUGUAGGUUUCUUGAAUUAAGAUUGAGGAAGUUGAAUAACUUUUGAUAGCUUUGAAAUUGUGCUAUACAUGAUUUUUUUCCUCUCAUACUUUAUCACUCUUUAUAGUGCUUCCUAAUGAAACAUAUUAACUAGGGUUAAUUAACCAAAUACACUUGCAUGAUUUCAGUUACUAUAAUUGGAACUUUCAAUACGAUUUUAAGAAAAUGCCAGUUAUGAAUAGCACAGCCAGCUUUUUAAACAUCACUUGUAGAACAGCCUCUUCCCAAUUUAUUUCAGGCCCUUUUUGGCUUUGGAGCAUUGGUGUUGCCUCACACUUUUUUCCUUGAGUGACUUUUGCCAAUUAAGCACAGGAAUACCUUUAUUGAUAACAAGUUAUACAGUUUUCCAGUUCGAAGGUAGUUUUAUAGUUGAAAUGUCACUGCUGAAAAGAAUUGAACUAUAAAAUUAAAAUCUUACAGUUGAAAUCCUAAUUGGUAGGUUUACUUUGUGUGUAUUUUCAUGUCUUCGGCACUGACCUAAUUGUAGACUGAAUGUGCGACUGUAUUUAACAUGAGAUUUCAAAAGGCACCAAUGAAAUCACUCUCCUGCUUGCUAGCUGAUGCUAAAAUUUCCUUUCUUGUUAUUCCUUUAAGUUUGAAGUUGUUAAGAUGCAGAUAAUCCUAUAAGAGUAAUACUUAAAGUUACUCAGUGCAUGAGAAUUUCACUUUUUUUUUUUUUCUCCUGAGAGCAUGAUUUAAAAGGGAGAGCACAAGGACCUUGGAAUCUGAGGGAGGGAAUACUACUCAGAGGGGAAGUUAGAGGGAGAGAAGGGGCACAUCAUGGGAAAGCUAUAGGUGUCCAAGGUACUUGUCUGCUUCACAUUACGCCUCCAACCUGCUCUGUUUAUUUUAUUUCUUGCUGUUGUAAUAUUGUGAGGUGGUAUGUAUUUUCAUAUUAUUUUGAUAUGUUUGGAAACUUCUUAUAUCUACAAAUUAUAAUACAUAGUUUUUUUAAAAAAGUAAAUGUGAGUAAAGUUAAAACUUGUUUUAAUGCUAUAUGAUCUGAAGAAUUUGCAGAAAAACACAAAACCUUUAUGCUUGACUCAAUUACAGUGAUAUUUUGAAAUCGUGCUUUCUCCAAAAAAAUAAAUACAAAAUUUGUAAUUACA